CAGUCACUCGGUAAAGAAGCGCGAGCGGCGCGUCUACGGCGCAACCGGGAGCGGAGUUCACAACUGCGCAUAGUAUACUAUCACCGAAACAGAAAAACAGAGGGGAAAAAGUGCACAGAGUAAAGAAUAAAGCAAUUUGUUCCUGCAGUGACUGGUGAAAACUGACUGGAGCUGAAGGCCCAUUUCUGUGCACAAAUUUUAUGAAGAGUUAAUUGUCAUCAAUGAGGACACUGAGCAUGGCUGUGUUCAAGCAACAUAAAGUGGAGGAUAUCUAUGAACUUGAAGAGGAGCUUGGAAGUGGGCAGUUUGCUAUAGUGAAGCGAUGCAAGGAAAAGAUUACGGGUACUGAGUAUGCAGCAAAGUUUAUAAAGAAGCGCCAAAGUAAAUCAAGCAGAAGAGGAGUACGGCGAGAAGAGAUUGAAAGGGAGGUCAACAUUCUACAGCAGCUCCAGCACCCCAACAUCAUCUCACUGCACGACGUCUACGAGAACCGUACCGACGUGGUACUCAUCCUGGAACUGGUAUCUGGAGGAGAGCUCUUUGACUUCCUGGCCCAAAAGGAAUCCCUGAGUGAAGAGGAAGCCACUGAAUUUCUUAAACAGAUUCUUAAUGGGGUCCACUACCUGCACGCCAAAAAAAUAGCACAUUUUGAUUUGAAGCCUGAGAAUAUUAUGCUUUUAGACAAAAAUGUCCCACUGCCACGGAUCAAAAUUAUUGACUUUGGAUUGGCACAUAAAAUUGAAGAUGGGGUUGAAUUCAAAGAUAUUUUUGGGACACCAGAAUUUGUUGCUCCAGAGAUAGUCAACUAUGAGCCUCUGGGAUUACCAGCAGACAUGUGGAGUAUUGGUGUCAUCACAUAUAUUCUACUGAGCGGUGCUUCCCCAUUUCUGGGCGAGUCUAAACAAGAGACACUGGCAAACAUUUCAGCUGUGAGCUACGAAUUUGACGAGGAAUUCUUCAGCAGCACUAGCGAGCUGGCAAAGAGCUUUAUUAGGCAGCUUUUGACUAAAGACACAAGAAAGAGGCUCACAAUAGAAGGUGCUCUCAACCACUCAUGGAUAAAGCCUAAGGACUCUAAACAAGCUCUGGUGCGCAGACUGUCUGUGGUCAACAUUGAGAAUUUUAGACGACAGUAUGCUCGCCGCAGGUGGAAGUUCUCCUUUAGGAUUGUAGCCUUGUGUAACCAUUUGACACGUAUGAUGAAGAAACCACAGCAGGAAAGUCCAAAAGAGCUCCAAGAUGACCUUUUUGCAAGGGAUUGUGAGAGCGAUCAGGAAGAGGAAGUAUCACAAAGAAGACUCAGGACAAGAAAGAGAAGCAGCACCUCCUGAGGCUUCACAGGUUUCUUGAGCACAAAAAAACACAUCUGCUGCAGGCAGUAAGACCUCAGUCUCAAAUGCACACUGGUGUGAAAGGGUCCAGGAUAUGUCUUUUACAGAUAGCUACCCCAAAAAAGACAGAGAGACUGAGCCAUGGUUAGUGUACAUAUCCCCUGGACACAUUAAAUACAUACAGUGAUGUAUAACAAUCUAGUGAGUGCCAAUACUGUGAUAUUAAAAAAGUGUUUUUAAAGCUGCAAUUAAUUAAUGCCCUUAUGGUGUAGAAUAGAUUUUUUACAUAUGCUUAUAAAGCCUUUGAGUGCAAUGUCAACCUGGAAAGUGUCUUCAGUUCUCUGAAAUUCUCAUUUUUAUAAGUGCUAGUUCUAGUCUCCUGUUUUACAUGAUCCUGUUGUUUGAUAUGUGCUAUGAUUUUUUGCAUACAAACUGCCAUGCUGUUUUAAGCCAAAGCUACCAUCCUGUAACUUACUAUUAAACCUAAUUAAUAUUUCCAAUAGUAAAUAUUUUAAGCAAAUGUAAUGCAAAUGUCUGUAGCAUAUAUAUAUGUAUGUAUAUAUACGUUAUAUGUAUGUACUUUAUAUAUAUGUUUUUUUUUUAUGCAUGCAUAAAUUAAACUUCAGUUGAGCUGGUGAGGGAAAAAUCAGCCACAAGAGUGAAUUUUCUCAUAUAUAUUGUAAAGUUAAAAGUCAUUGAACAAGAUUUGUCAGCCAUGGCUUGCUGCGAUGUUUUUUAAAAGGAUAUAGACUUGAAUUGCCAUACAAUUAAUUGCUUUAAUGACAAUUUUAUACAUAUUCUUAGAAUCAGGGAAAAUGUGCUACCUCCGAACACAGUUCGAGGAAAAAUGCGCACACUGGUAUAGACUUGUGGAGUAUUUCGGAAUCUGCUUUUAGUCAUGUAUUUGUACUGGAAAAAUGGUACUCCCACCCUUUACCAGUGCACUAACUUUGUUGUUGUAACACCUGUUGUAACACCUGUUGUUUUAAUAAGGCAUAUUACACAUGCUGCACAAUUUUUUUUUGCUUAAACAUGCUGCUGUUCUGGGAAUGUGGUGCUAUAUGGUUUAUUUAGAGAUAAAGUGUAGUUAUUUGAAGAAAAAAGUAAGUACCAUUCUUAAUUCAUCAAACAAGCAAACUCAUAAACUGCUUUCUCAGUACAGUAUCUCACUGAUCCUUGGACCUGGAAAUAUGGGAUUGGUUCUGUGUAUUUGGCCGCUGUAUUAAGCAAGAAUGAUUGACUGCAGUUUGAAGACCAUUAUAUUAAUAGCCUGCAUGGCCAUGCCUUUACAUUAUUUUAGAUUCAUUUGUUUGAGAACCUGGUGGAGUUGCUGAGGUGUAUUUUUAAGUUUACUUGUGUUUUAUGAUAAACUUUAUGUACUGUCAUUUCCUUUUGAAAGUAGUCUGUGUAAAAUUAAAACUAGUCUAGGACUUAUUCUCAAUGUACAAUGCCUUAUUUUGUAUAAAGGUUAAUAAAUGUUUAAUAUAUUUAUUAUA